AUGUAAUAAACAACGUCAAUAAGUAAAAGGAUUGCUACUAUAUUUCAUAAUGUAUAAAUGACAUACAUAUAUUAAAAAAGAUAAAGGGAAUUUACAAGGAGGAUCCCUAAGCAUAAGAUGUGGAAGGGUAGAAAGAAUUCUAAGAAUAUGUCGAUUAUUUAUUGGAAAGAGGCAUGAAAAUUAAUAAUUUGCGAAUGGCUUAGUUCAAAACUAGAAAUAAUUUACCUUAUUUAGGAUUAAAAAGUAACUGUUCUAUAGGCAAUAUGGUUAGCAAUUGAAAAGAUCGAAAGUGAUUCAAUCCUUGUAUCAGUGCCAAGAGAAUUAAUGUUGACCACAAAGAUUGCAUAUUUUUCAGAUAUCCAAGAAAUCUUUGACGCCCAUCCAUAAUUCUUUAGUUAGCAUUGUGCAGGAGGAUGGCAAGAUAGAAUUCUUCUCACAUAUCUAUUAUAUCAAUCAUAAUUAGGGAGGUAUUUGACUGUGAUGUAUAUAUUUAGACAAUCGUAAUGGUAUCAUUUAAUCGCUAAUUUGCCAAGAGAUAUUGAUUACUUAAUAUUUUGGUCUGAUGAGGAAUUGAAACUAUUGAACGAUGAAAAACUCGUAUUGAAAGCCAAGAGAGAACUGCAAGAUUUCUUAUUGAUCUAAAAGACAUUGACACACAUAUUGGAUCAAUUCCCUUAACAUUUUAAGAAGGAAACAUACAGUUUUGAAAACAUCAAGUGGAUUUUCAUACAUUUGGUUAGUAGAUGUUUUGGAUCCACCUUAGAAUAGGUUGCAUUCGUUCCUUUUUGUGAAAUGUUUAAUCACGAGAAUACGGAUGUGAGAUACAAAGGUUUAUAUUUGGAGAGCAACGUCAAUAAACCCAAAGAGGACAAAUAAGUGGAUCCUAAUGAAUCAGAUGAUUCAGAUGGAGAUAGUGAUUCAUAUGAGUAAGAAGAUUACUAAUACCCAAUUGAAAUUUAGGAGCAAAUCAAAAGUUACAAGUAGAAAACACCAACAUAUAAACUGAUUGAACAAGAAUUAGCAUUGUAUUAGAAUUAAGUGGACUUCCAAAAUCCUGAUGCAAUUGAAAAAUUAAGAAUUUAUUAAGAGAAGUGUAAUAACAGAAUCGAUUUAUAAAUUUAAUAUUUGAAGUACAAAAGAUGGUUUUAAGAGAACUUAAAUUUAAGAGACAAUUUUACCAUAAUAUUUGUGUCCAAAAGUCUGGAGUAUAUCCAAGAAUAAAUUAAAUUGUAUGAAACAGAUGUUUUGACUUACGAUUAAGUGUCAUCUGCUCUAUAAGCAGUUGAAGUUAAAUCAGAACUCUAUUUAGAAAAUGUUAAAGAAUAUGCUCAAGAAAAAUUGAAGUCUAAAAAUUAUUCACUAAAAUAAUUUGAAAUUCCAGAGUAACCAUCAGCAAUUGAAAGUGUUGAGGAAAUGUUAUAGAUUGCCAUCCCUGAAAAUAUCAAGCCAUUCGAAGCUAAAGAAGAUUGGAAGGAAGAUUUAUUUGACAACUUUGUAAUUAAAUGUUCAAGCAAAGAUGCAUUCGAAAAAGGUGCUUAAGCCUACUUUUCUUAUGGAAAGAUAUCCAAUAGAUCUUUGUUACUUCGAUACGGAUUCACUCUAGAGUACAAUAUUUUCGAUUAUGUGGAAGUGAAAACUUAAUUUAUUCAACACAUUCCAUUCGCAAGUGAUAUCGCAGAGGUAACCAUAUACGAUUACAUAUUAUUAGUACUUUUAGUUGUCUAAGUAUAAGAAGUUCAAGAUUAGAUAUACGAGGAUCAACGAUGAUCUAUUGAUGUAUUUCAAAAUUCUAAACUGGUAAUAUGAUUAAGGCAUAUCGUAUUUAUUUGAUGAUAUUUAUGAGACAGCCAUAAUUGAUUAGGCUUACAAUUUAAUUAAGGCUUAUAAUGAUGAGCAUUUUAAGGACACUUUGAAAUCACAAUCUGAGAAACUUAGAGAUUCAAAGUUGAAUUAUCAUGAUUACUUUGCCUUAAUUUAUAAAAUUGAAUAAUAAAGAAUUAUUGAAGCGUAGUUAGAGGCAUUGUAAAUGUUGAAAUGUAAGGUUGAGAAGAAGGAGUUUGGAGAGUAACAGUUUGAAUGGACUUCAUAUUUAGUCGAGAAAUUCGCAGAUUGAGCGUAUAAUAGG